GCUGUCGCAGAAUUACAAGAWAGGCUWUCAUCAUGGUCAGUUGCUACAACUUUUCAAAUAGUGAUGUUAAUGCUUAAUUCUGUAUAAAGCUUACCACGAGAAAUCAUUUCAAAGUGAGUACAAGUCUCUAGAAGAAACRUUAAAGUUUCUGCCUGGCAAGGUCAGCCAUGAUGUCAUGGUACCAUUUGGAUCUCUUGCUUUCAUGCCAGGAAAACUUAUCCAUACCAAUGAAAUUCUUGUUCUUCUUGGAGAUAAYUGGUUUGCAGAGAGAUCAGCUUCACAAGCAGUUGACAUUGUCAAAAGACGACAGCAAUCCAUCAAUGAGAACAUCAGGGCAAUCAAUAAUGAAAUAGACUUUUUCACAUCACAAAUAAAGUUUACUCAGGAUAUAAAUGCUAUGAAUAAGGGUCAAAAUGAAAUUGUAGAAAUCAAGGAAGAAUUGCAAGAAGUUUCAGGACCUGGUCGAGGACCAAGRGUAGCUCAUAAAAAGUCCAAAGACUUUGCACYGAARAGAGUAAAGAAAUUUGARUCACAUAGUCUGAGAGAKAACCUCUCUUCUCAGGACAAAGACUUAUUUGCUAAACUUGACAAACUUGAAGCUCAAGAACGAAUCAAUGAAGAAUUGAAUUCAACUGAGUUUAAUGAAGAAGAUCAAAUAGACAUUGACAAUAAACAUAUUACAAAUACCAAUGAAACACAGUGCAAAGAUAGUGAAGCAAGCUCUGGUGUUAGUUUUUCCCAUGAAAUCAAGACUGAGAGUGACGAUAGUGAUGAUAGUCAAGGUUAUGAAGAUUUAUAUGCAAACAAAACUAUUAGAGUCAAUUUUACAAAACUGAAAGAAGAAACUGCAAAAUUGUCAUUUACUCAAGACUCGAUAAAUACGCCAAUAGACAUUUACAACAAAAUCAAGCAAAAACCCAAAUCAAUCCUCAAAACACCAAGUUUUGAGAAAGAAAUUCAAGAAAAACCUAAAUCUAUUCUUAAAACACCAAGUUUUGAACUAGAAUCCCAAGAACAGACAACAAGUUCUUUACACCAACCACUUCAUAAUGAACUACAACUGCCUUCUACAUCACAAAGUUAUGAGGAAAAACCAAAUGUUCUAAUGGCUUUCUCAGGGAAAAUAAUAGACAGGACAACAAACAAUGUAGAAUCCAUAUCUCAGGCAACCAAAUCAGAACCUAAACGAGUUUCAAAGUUUAAAGCCCAAAGGAAAAAAUAAAAUUAUGUAUGUUAAAUGAUAAAUGAAAUAAUUUGUAAUUGUUGUCUUGUAAGACACUCUUAUUGCUUUUUUUCCUUAUUUUAUUAGGAAAAAGGUUUUAA